CCAGCUGUUACCACUGAGCAAUCAGCGUCGCUGCUGAUUUAAAAGCAGCUCCUGGCUGCUGAUCAGACUACAGACGUCUCCUUGGUUGGAAAGUCUCAUCUCUUCUCAGUCUCUUGGGGACAGGUCACAAGUCAACUUUAACUCACCUAGAACUGACCCACUGAGCUGCAGAAUGAGGCUGUUGUGGAUUUCAGUUCUGCUGUUUGGACAUGUUGUCUGUGUACCUGUGGACAAGAUGUCUCCUUCCUCCACAGGCAGCGGCUCCUCUUUAUCAAGUCUACCCAUCCCAAGCUCCUAUGUGGCCACUGGAGGUUCUGCUGACAGCGGCUACCCUAGUUUCAGAGAUGAAGGCUAUAGCAGCCCUGGGGUUGUUUAUGCAGCCUCUCACACUGGUGGCUACGACAGUGGUGCUCCAAGUGCUGGUUAUGGCGGUUAUGGUGGUUAUGGCGGUUAUAGCGGUGGUUAUGGUGGUGGCUAUGGUGGCUCAGCUGGUGGUUAUGCAGUGAGUGGCUCUUACGGUUUUGAUCCAGCCCCUGGAGGUGAAGACUUGAGCGUUGGACCUGCUGUCGGUGACGGUGCUGGCGUUGAAGCCCCUGAGCCAGUCUUCAGUGACGUGUCUGAUCUGGAGCCAGUCUACUCCUUCGGCUCUCGUUCCAGCUACCAGCGAGGAAGAUCAGUAUUUGCUCAAACCAGCUACAUCCCAGGAGAGCCUGCUCCUCCACCCAUGCCAGUCUACAGACAUGCAGGCAAAACCUCUAAGGUCAGCAGUUCGUCUGAUGUUCCAACCAAAGGUGGCUUCUGAAGAUUUUUCUGGUCUCAGAUGUUUCAUUGCUGCUUCAAAAUAUAAAUUCUCAAUAAAUGGCUUAAAAAUUGAAA